AUGACGGGCCGGCCUGAGCCGGAGCUGGACGUGGCCGGAAUCCGGCCGAGCCGGGCAGAGGGCUCGGGGCGCCGCGCGGUCGGGAGCCAGCGGCCGGGAUCGGCCCCAUGGCGGGGCUGUUCGGGGGCGUGGAGGGGUGAGGGGGCCACCCACUCCAAGGCCGUGCUGCUGAAUCAGAAAGGCAAGGUUGUAGCGGAAACUGAAGGACCAAGCACCAACCAAUGGCUGAUUGGGGUGGAGACAUGUGCGGAAAGGAUCAAUGACAUGGUGAAUGAGGCCAAGAAGAAAGCUGGGAUCAGGACCAAUGAACCACUGCGCUGCCUGGGCCUGAGCCUGAGCGGGGGGGAGCAGAGCGGUGGGGUGUCCCCCUUGACGGAGCAGUUGCAAAGCCACUACCCUGACCUGAGUGACAGCUACUUCGUCUCUACGGAUGCAGCCGGGUCCAUUGCCACGGCCACCGCCAAGGGUGGAGUGGUGCUCAUUUCCGGGACAGGAUCCAGCUGCAGACUAGUCAACCCGGACGGCUCUGAGGAAGGAUGUGGUGGCUGGGGACACCUCAUAGGGGAUGAAGGCUCUGCCUACUGGAUUGCACAUCAGGCAGUGAAGGCAGUUUUUGACACCAUGGACAACCUGGAGGUGGCUCCACAUAAGAUAGACCACCUCAAAAAAGCUAUGUUCGACUACUUCCAGGUUUCUGGCCGGAUAGAACUCCUCGACCACUUCUAUAGAAACUUCGAUAAAUCCAAGUUUGCUGGAUUUUGCCGGAAAGUUGCUGAAGGUGCUUAUCAGGGUGACGCUCUCUGCCAACAUAUCUUCAGGAAGGCUGGAGAAGUGUUGGCCAGACACAUACUGGCUGUGUUGCCCAAGAUACACGUGACGCUUUUCCAAGAGCCAACGGGCCUCCCCAUCGUGUGCGUGGGCUCUGUAUGGAAGAGCUGGGCGCUGCUGCAAGAAGGCUUUGUCUCCACCCUGGCUGAGGGAAGGAAGAUCCAGAAAGCCUUCUCUAGGUUCACCCUGCUCAAACUGAAGUGCUCUUCUGCCCUGGGGGGAGCCAGCUUGGGGGCUCAGUUUAUUGGGGAGACUCUUCCUCUGGACUAUGACAACAGUGCAGAGAGCUUCUUUCAACAUACCUUCUCCUAGUUAGGGCUGGGCUUCCCACCUCAAGGCCAGUGGACAUCAGAUGCUGAAAAACUGCAGUGCUUUUGUUAAUCAAUAAAGAUAGCUAAAAUUUAUUAGUACUUCAUACAUACCUCUCAGAAGUAGGUCCAAAAACUAACUCACAUAAUUGGAGAGAUCCUCAGAUGAUGUUGAGUCCAGCCCAUACAUAAAAGGAGUCCUUCCUAUAAGGCACCCCAUAGGUGGCUGACCAGCUUCUGCUUGAACCCACCCCCUUUGGAGGCUGUCCAUCUCCCUUUUGGACCUCUCUGAUUGCUUAGAUUUUUUCCUGAUUUCAAACUUCAAUCUGCCUCUUUGCAACAUCUACCCGCUGCUCCUAAUCAUCCCUUGGGGCUAACGAAUACCUCUGGCAUGAUCCCCGAAUCUUCUUUUCUCCAGGCAAACACUCCCAGUUCCUUCAACCAAUCUUCCUAUGGAAUGGCCCCAAAGCCCUUCGCCAUCUUGGUUACUCCUCCAUAGACGCACUCUUAUCAAUUGCCUUAAGUUGUGGUUAGGUCUGAUUGCGGAGAGUACGGGCGGACGAGCAUCUCCCAAAUGAUGCAGCCUGACGUCCCCGUCACCCUGCUGUCCGCUAAAACUCCCAGAUCUUUUUCUGUACUGCUGUCAAACUGUGCUUCCCCAAUCUUAAACUGGGUGAGAUUGAUUUUUGUCCCAAAUGCAAGGCUUUGCAUUUAUUCUCGUUAAGCUUCAUCUCAUUUGAUUUAACCCACUUCCAGCCUAUUUAUAGCAUGUCACCUAGUGGGUUAGUUAUCCACCAGCAGUGUUACCUGCAUACCUGAGAAACUAUUAUCUGUGCCUUUAUCCAAGCCAUUAUUAUCCCCAUGUUACUGAUGGGGAAACUGAGGCAGGGGGUGAGUGAUGUGUUCAGAGUAAGCUAGUGUGUGUCUUGGGCAGGACUCCCAAGUCCAGCACCCUAUCCACAAUGCCCCUUACUACCUGCUUCAGAAUCUGUCACAUACGAAGCAAGAUAAACCAUCUUUGCUCCUGCCUUUAGACAGAUGAGGAGUGUUUACUCUGCUUUAAUGCCAGGUACCCAUGCCUAGGUCUAGAAACAGAUUCUGCCACCUAUUGGGAAGAAGCCAGGUCUGGGAGUCAUCCCACAUGUAUUCCCUGCUAGCUUGGCUGCCAUUUGAGCCUCAGAAUGCUUAUCUGUGACGUGUCCUUACUAUGCGUGUGUGAUCAGAGAAAAUGUCCAGCAAGAGCCAACACUCAACCCACGGAAUCCUGGUCACCAAGCGGCACAAAGGAAGUCGGAGCCCUUUCCUCUCAGCCAGUGUCCCAAGGGUGCAUGUGAGUGCAGCAGGGGAGGGGGCAACAUCUCUCUGAGCCAAGUGUUCCACCCUCCCCUUUCCACGUCAUGGCUAAGUAAACCUCUUAUUAACAGGCAGAUGUUCUUGGAGUGUCUCCUUUGAUUCCAAUCUUGAUCCUGAGCCACCAGACCAAUGAGAAAAAUGACUUAUAAGCCAUGACCCCACUGCCAUCUUUGGCAUUUGAGAGUGCCACUGACUUCUUAAAAUGUUGACAUUGUUAAUAAAAUGACUAAUUACCCA